AUGCUGUAUUGGUUCUCCGUUCUCAUCGUUCUUUUGCCAGUCCUUGCAUCGGCCAAUGAUUGUAUAUCGGAAAAGAAGUUAUUACAUUAUCUCCAAACAGUUGAGCCAAAAGAAACGUCAAAAUACAGCGGUUUCAGCUCUCACUAUUGGUGCAACGUACUAUGUGAGAAACUGGAUAUACAGCAAGCGAGAAAACCAUUUGGGAGCAGAUGGGUACUUUGUGAUGAACUGGGUCGUAAGUCUACAAUACAGGUUCUGCGAGUUGUAUUUAAUUUCAAGAACGAUAGUUUGGCUUUCUACCAUCUCAAUCCAUGCAAUCCAAGAAUUGAGAUCAGUAGCGAUAAUACCUUCUUUUGGAAACCAGAUGUAUUCUUCAUUCAUUCUGAAGAGUACGAAGAUGAUAAAACCUACAGAUUCUUCAUAAAUGAAAACGGGAGCAUAACCGCAUCAAAAAGAAUCACAAGAAUCAUGCCAUGUGAGGUGGACGACACAAAGAAUCCUUUUUCUAAUGCCACUUGCACGUUUUCGUGGAAAUACACUAAUUUGGGAAGCUUUGACACAAUUUCUGUAGAGACUGGAAAAUUGAUCACAAAACCGAAGACCAAAGAGAACCUCAUUAUGCACGAUGUCAACUACAAUUCAACGUCUGAUGACGAAUUCCAAAUUAACUAUCACCUUUCACAACAUCCACAACACUUAUUAGUUAACUUUUUCUAUCCUUCUGCAUUGUUCAUGGUUCCUGCAUGGCUUUCGCUCCUACUUGGUCCAAUGGCGAUCACUCGCUGUUGCAUUCUAAUGACGUCACUAAUCCUCCAAUGUGUUCAUUUCCUCGCAAAUGAGCCAGGUCUUCUGGGAAAUGGAGGAGUUACGGCGGUUUCUAUUUGGAAAACAUUUGCAUACACUUUCACAAUCGGCAUUGUUGUCGAGUUGAUUUUAAUAACACUGUUUGCAAGUAUGGGAAGAUCGAAAACAUGUUGCUUUUCAAAACGUCGUUCAUCAAAAUAUGAAAUGGAACCUUUGUAUGAAGAGAUGAAUGAUCUGAGACAAAGAAGAAGAGGUAGAAAUAAAUUGAAGGAACAACAGUUGAACAAUACAAAAAUAUUUUAG